AUGGGCGGUGGACAGGAAGGGAACGGGCCGGGGAGAUGGGAAGCUUCCCCCCUCCCUCCUCCCAGCUUCCCCCCUCCCUCCUCCCAGCUUCCCCCCUCCCUCCUCCCAGCUUCCCCCCUCCCUCCUCCCAGCUUCCCCCCUCCCUCCUCCCAGCUUCCCCCCUCCCUCCUCCCAGCUUCCCCCCUCCCUCCUCCCAGCUUCCCCCCUCCCUCCUCCCAGCUUCCCCCCUCCCUCCUCCCAGCUUCCCCCCUCCCUCCUCCCUGCUUCCCCCCUCCCUCCUCCCAGCUUCCCCCCUCCCUCCUCCCAGCUUCCCCCCUCCCUCCUCCCAGCUUCCCCCCUCCCUCCUCCCUGCUUCCCCCCUCCCUCCUCCCAGCUUCCCCCCUCCCUCCUCCCUGCUUCCCCCCUCCCUCCUCCCAGCUUCUCCCCUCCCUCCUCCCUGCUUCCCCCCUCCCUCCGCCCUGCUUCCCCCCUCCCUCCUCCCUGCUUACCCCCUGCCUACUCCCUGCUUCACCCCUCCCUCCUCCCUGCUUCCCCCCUCCCUUCCCCCUGCUUCCCCCCUCCCUUCCCCCUGCUUCCCCCCUCCCUCCUCCCUGCUUCUCCCCUCCCUCCUCCCUGCUUCCCCCCUCCCUCCUCCCUGCUUCCCCCCUCCCUCCUCCCUGCUUCCCCCCUGGCUACUCCCUGCUUCACCCCUCCCUCCUCCCUGCUUCCCCCCUCCCUCCCCCCUGCUCCCCCCCUCCCUCCGCCCUGCUUCCCCCCUCCCUCCGCCCUGCUUCCCCCCUCCCUCCUCCCUGCUUCCCCCCUGGCUACUCCCUGCUUCACCCCUCCCUCCUCCCUGCUUCCCCCCUCCCUCCCCCCUGCUCCCCCCCUCCCUCCGCCCUGCUUCCCCCCUCCCUCCGCCCUGCUUCCCCCCUCCCUCCGCCCUGCUUCCCCCCUCCCUCCGCAAGGCUUCCCCCCUCCCUCCGCCCUGCUUCCCCCCUCCCUCCUCCCUGCUCCCCCCCUUCCUAUGCCCUGCUUCCCCUCUCCCUGCGCCCUGCUUCCCCCUUCCCUCCGCCCUGCUUCCCCCUUCCCUCCGCCGGGCUUCCCCCCUCUCUCCUCCCUGCUUCCCCCCUGCCUACUCCCUGCUUCACCCCUCCCUCCUCCCUGCUUCCCCCCUCCCUCCCCCCUGCUCCCCCCCUCCCUCCGCCCUGCUUCCCCCCUCCCUCCGCCCUGCUUCCCCCCUCCCUCCGCCCUGCUUCCCCCCUCCCUCCGCCCUGCUUCCCCCCUCCCUCCUCCCUGCUUCCCCCCUGCCUACUCCCUGCUUCACCCCUCCCUCCGCCCUGCUCCCCCCCUCCCUCCGCCCUGCUCCCCCCCUCCCUCCGCCCUGCUCCCCCCCUCCCUCCGCCUUGCUUCCCCUCUCCCUCCGCCCUGCUUCCCCCCUCCCUCAUAGAGCGCAACAGAGUUGGGAACAAGCUCAUUUUCUAUUCACCCCCUCUUCCUGCCUCCACCUGA